UUCCGAUCGAACAAACACUCAGUAUACGACCGACUCUCGUCGACACGACAUAUUACGACAUAUUUUCGCAAAGUAACAAUUUUUUUCGACCCCUUCCGCGCGCCACUGCUUAGUUCUCGUGAUAUUGAUUAAUUUAUUCAGCGGCCAUCCUUUCCCGAACUAACCACAUCGGGCACACAUGUCCGCCGAAACCGUAGACUUUUCACGUAUCCAAGAUGAAGAUCUGCUGCGCAAAAUGUGGCAAGACACCGACGAUUUCGCCCUUAAAAAGGAGAUACGCACGCGUAUGUACAAACUGAGGGAGGCCCGCCUGAAAGACUUCUACAGCUCCGACGAAAUACGACCAAACGUCAAAAUCGAGAUGACCACUCACGCGGACAAUCUCGCUGACGACAGCUUCCUGAGCCUCAAGAGUAAAGAGAUUCGGGAUUCUGAAUCCCCGACCCACCCCCGAGAGACGGGGUGGAAUAUUACGUCCUCCAAAGAAAGCAGUUCCGACGGUAAAACCCAGUCCUCGACGCUCAGAGCUGAGACUUCCGGCACUCAGUGUUUGGAAGGCGGUAAAAUCGACUACGAUGCCCAACAUCAGCAGAAAACUUCUGUGUACCGCGACGGUGACGGCGACAACUACGUCCUGUCCAUGGGGGAUUCAUCCGACACGGUCGUCCGUCAGGAGGCUUCCGGCGGAGACGCGACUUCUUCCUUCAAAACGUCCUCCACCAAAACCACCUCUUCAUCGAGAUACGUGUCGGAGACUAAGAGCGGCGACCCCCAGACACCGUCCCCUCAAACCGGUACUCAAAUUUACACCUCCGACGCGCCUAGUGACGUCAAGAGCCACCCCAGCUACGUCGAGGGUAAAACAAAGGUCACGCAGGAAACGAAAACGCUGGGCGACGGCACCGUGGUGACCACCACGAGAUACGAGACGAAGAUCGGAAACUCGACCCAGACUGCGGUCACCAAGAAGUACACCAACGUGGCUGCAUCUACCACCAGCGGCCACGUCCAUUCCAGCAACACCUCAUCUAAGAUUACUUCCGACAAUAUCGUUAAAGGUCUCAAGGAACCUCAAUUCGAUACGUCUAAUACCAGGCAUGAGUUUUCGUCGACCAUCGCGAAGGAUUCCAGCUCUAGAGUUCACUCUAGCAGCGACUUUGCGCAGGGAAGAGCGAUAGAAUACGAGAUCCAGCCUCUUAACACUACUGUAGAGGAUGUUCUUUCCUCUAACACGAAGCAGGUAUCUUCAAGCAGCACCCAAUUCAAAUCUAGUAGUUCGACCGUGCAGGAGUCAAGCUCAAGUCAAGCUCAAGUCAACAAUCGGCACAAGGACUCUAGAGCUAACGCGACAGAAUACAUAAUAGAACCGGGAAGUACCAUCGAUGUAAGCAUCAAGGCGGCAGAUGAAGAUAAAUCUUUCACGCGUACUACCCAGCAACGUUCCACCAACCUCGUGCAACAGAGCACCCAUGGAAAAGAUCUAAGUGAUUACAGCAAGGUGGACAUCAACAGAAAUCACCAGGUACCGAUGGAGACUACCUUCAGAACCACUACUAUCGAAGAAUACGAACCCAAAAGAGUAUCGAACAGUUGUUACAACACAACAUUAGUAGCAGAUGUAAACCAAAAGGACAAGAGACAAGUCUCCACUGAGGAGUUCGUCAGCACUGAACGACAACACGAGUUAGAUACAAGGAAAUCGUCGUACGCACCAUCCGAAGCGUCCGUUGAUACCUACGUUGUAUCCAAAGCACCACGAGAGGUCUACGUCCAACCAGAGAAGCGAGAACCUAUAAAACCACCACAAUCCGAUCUUGACUACAGAACCCAAAAGACCGAGGGUCAGUACGACACCACUUACAGGUCGGAGUUUACCAAUAAAAUCUCCGUCGAAGUUAGUCCCACCCACGACGCUUUCGCCAGAUCCCUGAGGUCGAUCACGCCGGAAAGAAUUCCCAAAGGGAAUCGCGGAUCACCGGAACGACCUAGGAAGUCCACCAGUUCAGAAACUGUAACCUAUACCCAAACCAGACGAUCUCCCGAGAGAAAGACGCACGUAAAAACUCAAAUGGUGAACGGUACCACCCGGCGUGAGUCUUAUACCGUUGAUAAGACCAAAACCGACACAGUCACCAAACGCAAGGGAGUGCCUAGAUGCCUGUCACCUACGGGUACUACCUCGACAGAUUUUGAAUAUAUCAGAAGCGUAAACGAACUUACCACUGAUCUGGAUGAGGACGUUAGUGUCACCAAAAGCAGACCUACAAGCUUGGAGAUAACGAGGAGAGCGGAUAAGUCUCCAACCAAGGAGACGUCCCCUUUGAGGGAAAAACCCAAACAUCUUCGAACCGAUACAUACGAAGAACGCGUGAAACAGAUCUUGGGGAUCACUGGGGAGACUAAGGAGAGACGCCGAAGCAGUUUGGAGAGAAACUCCAUUCAAAGGAGCUCGUUUAAAGAGACGAACGUUAGAUCUAGCAGUAGCGGAAGUUUUCCGUCUACCAAUAGUAGGAAAUCCCCUACAAAAUCGCCUUCUCGAGAAUUUUCUUCCCCGGAUAAACAACCCCCGAAGAGUUUUCCACAGGGAAAGUCGCCCGUUAAGCAAAGUCCCUCCCAAGUUACGAAAUCUCCAGAGAGAGGCAGCCCUACUAAGCGAGGACCAGCUAUCUCCGAAUUCCCAUCACAAAUUAGGAAAUCUCCAGAAAAAGAGCCUUUGGAGCCGUACCCCGAGAAAAAAUCUCCCACUAAAAAAGGACAGGGUAUUUCGGAAUUUCCUUAUCAGGCCAGGAAAUCACCCGAAAAAUAUCCUUUGUCUUCUUAUCCAGAAAAACAGAGUCACACUAAACAAGCACCCUCCUCCGAGUUUCCUUCGCAAGUUAAGAAAUCACCAGAAAAACUACCUUUAGAAAAUUACCCUGAGAAAAAAAGUCCCACUAAGCAUGGGCCUACUAUAUCCGAAUUCCCUUCUCAAGUUAGGAAGUCUCCAGAGAGGGAACCAAUGCAACAGUACCCAGAGAGGAAAUCUCCCACUAAACAAGGUGUGCCGGGUGUCCCAGAAUUCCCUUAUCAGAUUAGGAAAUCUCCCGAAAAACAACCUGCGGAGUCUUAUCCAGAGAAAAAAAGUCCCACUAAGCAAGGGCCUACUAUAUCCGAAUUCCCUUCUCAAGUUAGAAAGUCUCCAGAGAGGGAACCAAUGCAACAGUACCCAGAGAGGAAAUCUCCCACUAAACAAGGUGUGCCGGGUGUCCCAGAAUUCCCUUAUCAGAUUAGGAAAUCUCCCGAAAAACAACCGGCAGAGUCUUACCCAGAGAAAAAAAGUCCCACUAAGCAAGGGCCUACUAUAUCCGAAUUCCCUUCUCAAGUUAGAAAGUCUCCAGAGAGGGAACCAAUGCAAGUGUACCCAGAGAGGAAAUCUCCCACUAAACAAGGUGUGCCGGGUGUCCCAGAAUUCCCUUAUCAGAUUAGGAAAUCUCCCGAAAAACAACCUGCGGAGUCUUACCCAGAGAAAAAAAGUCCCACUAAGCAAGGGCCUACUAUAUCCGAAUUCCCUUCUCAAGUUCGAAAGUCUCCAGAGAGGGAACCAAUACAACAGUACCCAGAGAGGAAAUCUCCCACUAAACAAGGUGUGUCGGGUGUCCCAGAAUUCCCUUAUCAGGUUAGGAAAUCUCCCGAAAAACAACCUGCGGAGUCUUAUCCAGAGAAAAAAAGCCCAACUAAGCAAGGGCCUAGCGUAUCUGAAUUUCCGUCGCAAGUUAGAAAAUCUCUGGAGAGGGAACCAUCGCAACCGUACCCAGAGAAAAAGUCUCCCACCAAAGAAGGAGCUGGUGUUCCAAAAUUCCCCCAUCAGGUGAGAAAAUCUCCCGAAAAGCAACCCGUGAAAAAAAGUUCUAGUAAGCAAGAGCCUACUAAGGAAUCAUUGCAAUCGUACUCCAUUGCGGAGGUUCCUGGACAAGUGAGGUUAUCUAAACCGCUGCAACCUCGCUCUGACAAAAUGUUGCCCAAGAAAGAAUCGCCAGAAAUAUCAGAAUUUCCAUCCCAGAUCAGAAGAUCGCCAGAAAGGGAACCUCUCGCGCCUUAUCCUGAGAAAAAGGUCCCGAUCAAGGAUACACCCACUCUAUGCGAAUUUCCAUCUCAGAUUAGAAAAUCCCCUGAAAAAGAGCAUCAACUCAAGGGUUUACCGACCAAGCAGGAACCGGCAGUGCCCGUAAAGUCCGGGAAACCCAGAACUGUGUCGGAAAGUUCCUCUAGCUCUGAAGAGGAAGAGCAAAUAGCAGAUGUCGAAGCAACGCUGACCCAAACUACUGCCGAGGUGCUGGAAUCCAGAAUUCCGGUUGAAGAACCCACCGUGGAGAAAAAACUGUUUAGUCAGCUGUGCAGGGAAAAUGAAGUAUCUAGAUUCGACAAGAAGAAAUCAACUAGGGAUCUGAUAGACGCGGAAAUAUUGCAGAGCGAAGUGGAACAGCAGGUUAUCGCGACAGGCGUCGAUCAAAAGUCUAAGAAAGGAACGACCAUCCACAAGAAACCGGUUCAAACUACCACCAGAAAGCUAGGCGAGAGCCCUAAGCAGUCGGAGAUACCAAAGAGGGCUCGCCCUAAGUCUGAAGUCGAGAAGCUCAGCCAAACCCAGUUGACGGAAAUUACGAAAGUGAAGAAAGGUGCACCCAAAGAGAAAACUCCGUCUAGAACGACGCCUUCGCGAAAAACUGUGGAAAACACCACCACCACGACCACAAGAUUGGUGAAAACGGAAUCACCUAGAAUUUCGCCACAUAAAAAGCCGGAAGCGUCCAAAAUCACCAAGACAAAAUUCACGGGCGAGACGGAGUACCAUGACAAAUUUUCAAAGGUCAUUAAAACGUCAAGACCGCAGCCCAAAACCACUUUGCACGACAUCGAGAGGUUGGAACAUCUCAAGGAGGAUAAAUCCGUCCACGUUAGAUCGAACCGAGUCGACGAUAGGGUCAACAAAAAGAAAACUUCCGUCACUACAACCAAAACGGUUAUGGUGAACGGGAAUACCACCAGAAGCAAACCCGCAGAAGUCACGUCAGUAAAAAAGACGCCCAGCAAGUCGAAACUGCCUUCCUCCACCACCACAGUUCAAUCGAAGUAUUCCGCGUCAGUGCGCAAGACAGUGGUGCAGCCGAAACCUACCAAAAAGCACGUGGUGACUGCUACGAUCAUGAUGAGUCCUAAACCCUCGAAAAAGCCGAGCGAUGCGAAACCCGCCAAAGUGCAGAAUGGCUACGCGUCCACGGAUACGGAAGACGAAUCGACUGUGGAAAGCGUAGAAGCUUCGUUCGUGGACCUCAGUAAGAUAGGAAACGUCGAGGUCACCACCAAAACAGUUCUGAUUACGAACGAGGACUACCCGCGCGAACGGGAGUUCGUGGUCGACCUCCAAAGGUCCAAAUCGUCUAGGGAACCGACACCAGACAGGUUGUGUCCGCGUCCAAUGACUUCGGACGAAGAAGAAGAUUCGCUGCCGAGAUACCCCGACCAAAUCAGUGAACCGGAAGAGGGUAGUUUGAGGAGGAGACUUAAGAAAGUGUCGGACGUUCCUAUCCUCGAAGCUGACGAUACCACUGAGUUAAAUAGGAUCACCGAAGUGGACAAAGUCGAGGAAACCGACGAAAGCUUGCUGAGCGUCGACAAGAAAAUCCAUAAAUUUUUGGACACCGCCGAGAAGCUGACCAAGGAACCCGUGAAGGCUAAACCGGUCAAAGCGGAGAGACCUAAUUUGGAGUACACCGAAGAUCUGGAGUCGGACGAAUGCCUGUUGAGCGUUUCGGCCAAAGUAAACAAGUUUAUCACGACAGCUGAGCAGCUGAUAACUCCCCAGCAAACGGCGGACAGACCGAAGACUCCGGUAUGUAAAAAUUACAAACCAGCAGAAGAGAGGGUGACGGAAAUACCGCCUCCAGAUAUCGACGAUGCUCUCAAAGGAGACGAAUGCUUGCUGAGCGUAUCGGAUAAAGUAAACAAGUUCAUUUCCACCGCCGAGAAGUUAUCCACGCCCAAAGCCGUCAGCUUGGCAAAGAUCGAUGUGAAACCCAAAGAACAACCGCGGAAAUCGCCGCCAAAAGAAACCGAGUGCGUGCAAAUCGAAACGGAGGAUCAGAUGUUCACCAGGAAGUCUCCAGAGAGAAGCAGAUCGCCCUCGCCAAAGUCAAAUUACAAAACGCCGGACAGGCGUCCUUCAAAUCAGUACUCUUCCAUUUUGAAGACCGACUCCGUCGACACCAGGUACUCAGCUAGGGAAGAAAUUUCCCCCGAAUUGCAAGAGACGCCCAAAUCUAUCAGGACGGAGGAUGCGAAAACCGUAUUGAGCACCUCCGGGAGGCUCAGAAGCACGGAAAGCGUGCGCAGAGCAAAAGAACUCUUCGAGAACAUCACCAAGGAGCCUCAGAGGACGGAGGUUCUGAGCAGACCUUCGGUGUUCGACGCGCGGGUGAAGACCAGGUUGGAUUUCAGUGAAAAACGCGACGUGACUGCGCAGAAAACAACAGCGGAUAGUUUGAAAUCGACCAAGCUCGUCAUGGAGAAGAUGCCCGGAGGUUCGCCGGGAAGGUCUCCCGAAAGACCAAAAUCACCAGGAAUCACCAGGUUCAGAGCAAGCUCGCCGGAGAAGAUACCGGCGAUAGUGACCAGCAAGCCGCGGUCACGGGAACCUUCUCCUCUUGGUGACUUACCCCACUACAUGAAGCCAUUGGACAGGAGUUUGAGGCCCAACAGCCCCCAUAGGGACAGCGUGGCGCAAACCGCAGACGAGACUGACGUGAGGCAGACCAAGUUCGGAGUAACUCUGAAGAGAACCGAUUCGGGAAGAAUCGUCAAAACUGCGGAGACCGCGACCGUCGAACGAAGGAGAAGCAGUUUGGCGUUCGAUAAGCGCGUCACCGAGGAAGAAAUUGAAGAAAUCUUCGAGCUGGAGGUUCUGGAAGAGCUGCUGGAGAAGGUCGUCGGGUACGACCUACGUAGGAAGAUCCGCGCUCAGAUCAGAUUGGUGAAGAAACUGAUCUCGGAGGGCAGGUUGGAGUCUUACGUUGCCCAAAGAAGGAUCGAUCAAACCGAAGCGAUCACCGGACGCCGAGGUUCUAGUCCUGCCAAGACCUUCAAACCGUCGAGUCCCGAAAGGAAGGCGGUCACCGAGCACCAAAUAGAAGAGGAGACCGAAUACAGAUCUUCUUACGCUUACAGCGAGCGAAAGUCGUCCACGGCAUACUCUAGAACCGUUAAGAAAGAGUCCAGCCCGAGUCCCACUCGAAACAGGAGCAGUCCCUCGAAGGAAAGGGCCAGUCCCGCUAGAGGAGCUGCCAAAAGUACCACCACCAAAACGGCAGAAAGCAAAACGUUUACCAGCUUGAAGAAGACGACACCCGCGGUGAAGAAGACGAUGGAGGACCAACAACCGGAAUGGGUGAAGCAAAGGAACUUGAGGAAGACCGUGGAGAGCGUACCCAUAGGUACGAGGAAGGUGUCAGGUACUACGAAAAAGUCGUCGCUACGUUCGAGUCCGGCCAAGGAGGUGAAACCUACAGAUAUUAUCACGUCGAGUUACGGCGUCGGACCCACCGACGAGAAUGGUACUCCACUGUUCGGUUUGAAGGCGCUACGAGCUCAGAACAAGGCGGGAACGAAAGUGCAAGGUACGGUGAUCGAGAGCCGGUACUACUCGGAGAACGGGCACGAGCCUGUGGGACACGUGACCGUCACCAAGUAUUCAACCGAUCCGCGCGAUCUGGGACAAAAUGGCGUCGUGAGCAUGACAACGACCCAAAAGUUCGGCUACAAGGACGCACCGACCUUGAAGAUGUUGGAGGACAACGACAAGGAAACUUGGGACUCGAAGACGAUCGAAAGCACCACCGUCGAGAGGAGAGGCUCGGUGAAAGCUCUGUCGCAGAAAUUUAUCGAGAACGCAGUGGAAACUUUGAAGAGCGAACGGCAAACCGGGACCUAUCCGAAGGCGGGAUUGAUCUUGCGCAGUUCGAGCUUCAAGAGCAGCGAGGAGGGGGAGAGCAGGGAAGGCUCGCCGGUGGACGCCGCGAAGGGCGGCGACACCUUUUUGUCGAACAGGAACAGAAUCAGUGGCGUGCAGGACGUCAUCACGCGGAUGAAAACGGAAGAGUACCGCGAGGGUGAAUCGGCAGAGGACUCUGCAGCGUUGGGGUUGCUGAAUAAGUUUAUAGGGUCCCAGGUGAUCCUGACGGGCAUGGAGGCGCACCUGGCGACGCGAGCCAAGACAUCGACGACCACGUCCCCGUCGGGUAGCGUUAAGAAAUCCACAACGGUGACGUCUACGCUCACGGAGGGCGGAAAACCGACCACCACCACCCGGAUAUUCCGUCACCCGAUCACCGAGCAAGAAUUAGAGACCGUGUGGGAGGAGCAGACCCUACGACUAUUGCUGGAACAGAGCACGGACUACGAGGAACGUCGCUACGUCAGAGCACGCCUGCGCCGAGUAAUGGCGGAACAAGAAGCCUGCACCGCGCUCGUCGACGAGGCCGCCGCCUCCGUGGAGAAGCCCGCGACGCCCACCCCCGCCGCCGCCGCCGGACACAUCGACGGACGGCAGGAGAACGCGUCGACCGCCCAACAGCCGCGGCCCAAACAGAAGCCGAUGUCGCCGUUCGCCAAGUUCCGUCAACUGGACAAACAGAACAGCCUGGGCAAGGCGACUCCCCCGAGUACCCCCGGCACCCCGGGUAUCGGCGGAGGCGGGCCCCUAUUUAAAUUCACCGAUCCGGCCCUGUCCCAGUCCGCUAGCACGAUUAAAGAGCGCCUCUUGCACUGGUGUCGGAUGAAGACGAAGGAGUACGAGAACGUUCAACUAGACAACUUCUCCAGCAGCUGGGCGGACGGGCUGGCCUUCUGCGCGCUGAUACACCAUUUCCUGCCCGAAGCUUUCGAUUACCACGCCCUCACGCCCAAAGAUCGUAGGCAUAAUUUCGAGCUCGCCUUCAGAAUUGCCGACGAAAAGGCCGACAUUGCACCCCUUUUGGACGUGGAGGACAUGCUCGAGACCCGAAAACCGGACUGGAAAUGCGUGUUCACUUACGUCCAGUCCAUCUACAGACGUUUCAAGGACGAAGACUGACGCGCCCUCGAAGGCCAAGCCCGUAGUAACGAUGCGAAAGUUUUGCCGCGUUCCGCCGCCACUGUACGAUGAUUGCGCGGGGCGCGGCGAAGCGGUUUUCGCGAAAAAUUAGUUUCUCCGUUGUGUUGUGUUUUCAACUUUCGACUAUACUGUGAUUUUAUUUAUUUAAUUUUCUCACAUACCAACGAAGCAUUUUAUCGGGAUCUCCGCGCGUUUUCACAAUUUUGUACGUUUUUCUACUCGCCCGGCUGCGUUUUCUUUUUACCGUCGUUUUUAAUUAACAAAGUUUUUAUUCCACGUGUUAACACUCUCGUUUGCGGAACAGACGCAUACGUUCCUAUAUGCUUAUUUAUUUUUGUGGUUUACCUGGGAUGUUGCUGAACGCGCUUGUCUAACAAACCUGGCCCGUAACGACAAGUCAAUCAAUAAUCGCGGCCACUUUACGUGCCUUUUGUAAUUUACCAGUACGGUUAUUUUCUAUAAAUUAUAUAUUUAUAUGGAAAAUCUAACAUAUAAUAUAUUACGUUUAACUUG